UCACUGGAGAGAAAAGAGGGUGGAGGCAGCAAAGAACUCCGAGUGCCAAAACUAAGUUGGUUAGCUGACAAAACGCACGCAGCUUGCAGCGCUUCCGCGGGUGCUCCAACCCCGCGGAGACCAAGUGUGCUUGGCGCGGAGCAGGCGCGGGGUCAGGGACCGAUUUGCGCCCCCGAGGGCUCCAGGGGUGAGGAGAAGUUCCUACAAAGAAGGGGUGGUCAACGGUGGAGGGAGAUCGGUUAAGCGGGGUGUUUUUUACUCAUUUGGCCGCCUGGAGAGUGUCGGAGAGAUUGGCAAACGUCUGCGAGAAGAAAGAGAAACAGAGCCCUGAAAGAGUGGAGAAAGUGAUCAGGGCGCCGGUUCACUGCCUGCAGCUCUUUAUCUGCCUUGGCUAGUGCUUUUUAUCGGCGGUUCAGCUUCCCAGUACUUUCCAGCUGAGUGGACUUUUAGACCGACGGUCGAUCCCACAUCCUUCAGUGCGCGCGCCUCCCAACUCCGCAAGACUCUCCUCAACUCCUCAUCCUCGAGGGCGAAAAGUUCCGGCCACGAGUAGUUCCUGCCCAAGGUGAUUCUCAGUUCCUUACUUGAUUUUUUUGUUUUCCUCUUGGGAACUUUUGGGUGGAGGCUUUGACUUUUUGUGUGGAAGCUACUUUGGGGAGCGAGGAGGGAGGGAAAGUGCAAUUUGAUGGAGAAAAGCGACUCCUUGUUUUCUCACACGUCCCGUCCCUUAAGCCACCACUUCUAGAAGAUUAAAGUUGUUGGACGUGGGGACAGCUGAGAGGAGAACAGGACUUCUUUCCAGGUGGAGCCCCUCCACCGCCUGUUGAGUCUGUUCCUCCUGCGUGCAUGUGUGCGCCAGCGGCGGCGCGGGGUGCGUUGCUCUGCUUUGGAGUCUCAGCUGGGACCAGAGUGAAUGGCCCCCAGGGGCUGCGCGGGGCCUCUGCCUCCGCCACCUUCUCCACAGACCUGGGUCUGGCCCAGAAAGAUGCUGGCCAUGGGGGCGCUGGCAGGCUUCUGGGUUCUCAGCCUCCUCACUUAUGGUUACCUGUCCUGGGGCCAGGGCUUGGAGGAGGAGGAAGAAGGGGCUUUGCGAGCUCAAACUGGAGAGAGACUGGAGCCCAGCGUAACUGCCGUGUCCCAGCCCCAUCUCAUUUUCAUCCUAGCGGAUGAUCAGGGAUUUAGAGAUGUGGGUUACCAUGGAUCAGAGAUAAAGACUCCCACUCUUGACAAGCUUGCUGCCGAAGGAGUUAAACUGGAGAACUACUAUGUCCAGCCUAUUUGCACACCGUCCAGGAGUCAGUUUAUUACUGGAAAGUAUCAGAUACACACCGGACUUCAACAUUCUAUCAUAAGACCUACCCAGCCCAACUGCUUACCUCUGGACAAUGCAACCCUACCUCAGAAGCUGAAGGAGGUUGGAUAUUCAACACAUAUGGUUGGAAAAUGGCACUUGGGUUUUUAUAGAAAAGAAUGUAUGCCCACCAAGAGAGGAUUUGACACCUUUUUUGGUUCCCUCUUGGGAAGUGGUGAUUACUAUACACACUACAAAUGUGACAGUCCUGGGAUGUGUGGCUAUGACCUGUAUGAAAAUGACAAUGCCGCCUGGGACUACGACAAUGGCGUAUACUCCACACAGAUGUACACUCAGAGAGUGCAGCAAAUCUUGGCUUCCCAUGACCCCAGAAAGCCUAUAUUUUUAUACAUUGCCUACCAAGCUGUGCACUCUCCACUGCAAGCCCCUGGAAGGUACUUUGAACACUACAGAUCCAUUGUCAACAUAAACAGACGCAGGUAUGCUGCCAUGCUUUCCUGCUUAGACGAAGCAAUUAAUAAUGUGACCCUGGCUCUAAAGAUGUACGGUUUCUACAACAACAGCAUUAUCAUAUACUCUUCAGAUAACGGAGGUCAGCCCACAGCAGGAGGAAGCAACUGGCCCCUGAGAGGUAGCAAAGGAACCUACUGGGAAGGGGGGAUCCGGGCUGUUGGCUUCGUGCACAGCCCACUCCUGAAAAACAAGGGCACCGUGUGUAAGGAGCUCGUGCAUAUCACUGACUGGUACCCCACUCUGAUUUCACUGGCUGAGGGGCAGAUUGAUGAGAACAUUCAACUGGAUGGCUAUGAUGUCUGGGAGACCAUAAGCGAAGGCCUUCGUUCUCCCCGUAUAGACAUUCUGCACAACAUUGACCCCAUUUAUACCAAGGCGAAAAACGGAUCUUGGGCUGCAGGCUAUGGGAUCUGGAACACUGCCAUUCAGUCUGCAAUCAGGGUGAAACACUGGAAAUUGCUCACAGGGAACCCGGGAUACAGUGACUGGGUGCCCCCUCAGUCUUUCAGCAACCUGGGCCCAAACCGGUGGCACAAUGAGCGAAUUACCUUGUCAACAGGAAAAAGCGUGUGGCUUUUCAACAUUACAGCCGACCCCUAUGAAAGAGUAGACCUUUCCAACAGGUAUCCCGGGAUCGUAAAGCAGCUCCUCCGGAGGCUCUCCCAGUUCAACAAAACUGCAGUGCCUGUCAGGUACCCUCCCAAAGACCCCAGAAGUAACCCUCGGCUCAAUGGAGGAGUCUGGGGGCCAUGGUAUAAAGAGGAAAGCAAGAAACAGAAGCCAAGCAAAAAGAAGGCUGAGAAAAAGCAGAAGAAAAGUAAGACAAAGAAGAAACAGCAGAAAGAGCGCUCGUUUCCAAACUGCCAUUCAGGGAUUUCUCGUGGAUAAGUACAAAUUUUUUUCUUGUCUUCAGUUCAGUUCAGUUCAGUCGCUCAGUCGUGUCUGACUCAUUGCGACCCCAUGGACUGCAGCACACCAGGCUUCCCUGUCCAUCACCAACUCCUGGUGCCUACUCAA